AUGUCGGGAUCUGAAGAGAUUCGUGACGGAGAAGUGGAGAAUGCCCUUAGGGAGAGCAGCAGAGUGCGGGCGCGGAGCCCCAACAGCCCUCCGCAGUUCCAGCUGCCCAGUUAUCAGGUGUCCAUCCCCGAGAACGAGCCGGCCGGCACGGCGGUGAUCGCGCUGCGCGCGCAGGACCCCGACGAGGGGGAGGCGGGUCGGCUGGCGUACUCCAUGGAAGCGCUCUUCGACGAGCGCUCCAAUGACUACUUCUCCAUCGACCCCCAGACGGGCAGCGUGGUCACCGCCCGCAGCCUCGACAGGGAGACGAAGGACACCCACGUGCUGAAGGUGACCGCCUCCGACCACGGCUCCCCGCGCCGCCGCUCGGCCACCACCUACUUGACGGUGACGGUCAGCGACACCAACGACCACGAGCCGGUGUUCGAGCAGCCCGAGUACCGGGAGAGCAUCCGCGAGAACCUGGAGGUGGGCUACGAGGUGCUGACCAUCCGCGCCACCGACGGCGACGCUCCGGCCAACGCCAACAUGCUUUACCGCCUGCUGGAGCCGGGCGCUGGGGACGGGGUCUUCGAGAUCGACCCACGCUCAGGGGUCGUGAGGACCCGUGCCCCGGUGGACCGCGAGGAGGUCUCCGAGUAUCACCUGGUGGUGGAAGCCAACGACCAGGGCAAGGAUCCUGGGCCACGCAGUGCCACGGCCAUGGUGCACAUCACCGUUGAGGACGAGAACGACAACUACCCUCAGUUCAGUGAGAAGCGCUACCUGGUGCAGGUGCAGGAAGACGCCCCGGUGAACAGCCAGAUCCUGCAGGUGCAGGCCACGGAUCGGGACCGGGGCAGCAAUGCCCAGGUGCACUACAGCAUAGUGAGUGGCAACCUGAAAGGUCAGUUCUACAUCCAUUCCUUCUCCGGUGCCAUUGAUCUGAUCAACCCUCUUGAUUAUGAGACUAUUCGGGAGUACACGCUCCGCAUCAAAGCCCAGGAUGGGGGCAGACCUCCCUUAAUCAACUCCAGCGGCAUGGUGUCGGUGCAGGUUGUGGACGUCAAUGACAAUGCCCCCAUCUUCGUCAGCACUCCCUUUCAGGCCACGGUGCUGGAGAACGUUCCUCUGGGCUACUCGGUGCUGCACAUCCAGGCUGUGGACGCUGACUCUGGGGAGAACGCGCGCCUGGAAUACAAGCUUAUUGAGAUGACACCACCAGCUGGGGUUGCCCCUGCAUCGGGGGACUCCGGGUUCCCCUUUCAAAUCAACAACAGCACAGGGUGGAUCACGGUGGCUGCAGAGCUAGACCGAGAAACUGUGGAGAACUAUCACUUCGGGGUGGAGGCCAGGGACCACGGUGUGCCGGUGAUGACCUCCUCGGCCAGCGUGUCCAUCACUGUCCUGGAUGUGAACGACAACAACCCCACCUUCACAGAGAAGGUCUAUCACCUCCGGCUGAAUGAGGAUGCAGCUGUGGGCAGCAGUGUCCUCACUCUGACCGCUGUGGACAGGGACGUGAACAGUGUAGUGACCUACCAGAUCACCAGUGGCAACACCAGGAACCGCUUUGCCAUCACCAGCCAGAGCGGAGGGGGACUGAUCACGCUGGCCUUGCCUCUGGAUUACAAGCAGGAGAGGCAGUACGUGCUCACUGUCACUGCCUCUGAUGGCACUCGCUUUGACACCGUCCAGGUCUUCAUCAACGUCACAGAUGCCAACACACACCGCCCAGUCUUCCAGAGCUCCCAUUAUACAGUGAGUGUCAGCGAGGACAAGCCCAUUGGCACCUCUAUUGUCACCAUCAGUGCCACCGAUGAAGACACGGGGGAGAAUGCAAGAAUCACUUACAUUUUGGACGACAACAUCCCUCAGUUCCGCAUUGACCCUGAUACCGGCACCAUCACCACCCUGAUGGAGCUGGACUAUGAGGACCAGGCAUCCUACACAUUGGCCAUCACAGCCCAUGACAACGGCAUCCCACAGAAAUCAGACACCACCUACGUGGAGAUCCUCAUCCUGGAUGCCAAUGAUAAUGCACCCCGCUUCCUCCGUGACCGCUACCAGGGCUCAGUUUUUGAGGACGUGCCACUCUCCACCAGCGUCCUACAGCUUUCUGCCACCGACCGCGACUCAGGCCUCAAUGGCCGCCUGCUCUACACAUUCCAAGGUGGAGAUGAUGGAGAUGGAGACUUCUAUAUCGAGCCCACCUCUGGAGUGAUACGCACGCUCCGCAAGCUGGACCGCGAGAACGUGGCCGUCUACAGCCUGCGAGCCUUUGCAGUAGACAGGGGCAGCCCACCCCUGAAGGCCUCUGUGGACAUCCAGGUGACUGUGCUGGACAUCAACGACAAUCCCCCUGUCUUUGAGAAGGAUGAGUUUGACAUUUUUGUGGAGGAGAACAGCCCUGUGGGCUCUAUCGUGGCUCGAAUCAGCGCAGCCGACCCUGAUGAGGGAACCAACGCGCAGAUCAUGUACCAGAUAGUGGAGGGCAACAUCCCUGAGGUCUUCCAACUGGAUUUGUUGAAUGGGGACCUCACGGCCCUGAUGGACUUGGAUUACGAGAGCCGCACGGAGUAUGUGAUUGUGGUGCAGGCCACCUCGGCCCCACUGGUGAGCCGGGCUACUGUGCACAUCCGCCUGUUGGAUCAGAACGACAACCCACCUGUUCUACAGGACUUCCAGAUCCUCUUCAACAACUAUGUAACUAACAAAUCCAACAGCUUCCCCUCCGGUGUGAUUGGCAAGAUCCCUGCGCAUGACCCCGAUGUGUCAGACAGUCUGGCCUACACCUUUGUGCAAGGCAAUGAGUUAAAUUUGCUCCUCUUGGACUCUGCCACUGGGGAACUCAAGCUCAGCCGAGACCUGGACAACAACCGGCCCCUGGAAGCCCUCAUGAAAGUGUCGGUCUCAGGUAAGCACACAUUGGAGGUGUGUGAAAUGUGCAGUUCUUCAUUUCGGGCUGAUGGGGUGGCAUGGGCAAAAUAGCUGCUUGUAGCUUAGCGUGCAGCCUUCAAUUUUCAGAGGCAGCAAUUUAUCUAUGAAGUUCUUGGAAAGGAACCACAAAAAUGGAUCUGAUCCACGUGCUGUGGAUUGAAGUGAUGCACUGAAGUUGUUUGGUAGAUGUAGAUCAUGAGAGUAAAUAAAUGUGUGUAGGGGUAUAGAUUUCCUUUGUUUAGGUGGUGCUUUGGCUCAAACUUUUCUGAUGUGGUUGCAUCAAGGCAAUAAAUGAUCUAACCUACAAAGAUGUAGAAAAUGUGUACGUACCUGUGAUGCUUAGGGUUAAGCUUACUGUUGGUGAUAUGUGAUGGCUUUGCAGAUCCAUCCUCUCUAGCUCUUUUUUUCCUCUGUUGUUUAAAAAAUAGUGGCCAAGUAGCACUCAAAGCAGUACUGAGUGAUCCUUUGCUGUGGGGGGAGAGGAAUGAGGAAGGACAGAUGCUGUGACCACCUUCCUUGGAGAGCUGGUGUGUGAUGGAGAGGGCUCUGCCUCUUCUGUUGAGCAGACUGUCCCCUAUUAUUCAAUAUGUAUUUUUAUGUGAGUCUGUAUACAGUCUUGGGAUAAAUGUUUUUUUUCUGCUUGGUCAGUUGUUUAUCAUGGAAUUACUUUUUAUGCCUUUAAUUGUGGCAUCAAUCAUGCAAUGAGUAAUUUCCUCUGCAGGUGCCACUCUAUAAAGUUUACUGUGGAUCUGAUCCCACACUUCUGUUGACUUUUGAAGCUUAUAACCAGACACAUUCCUUGCUGCCUCUCUGUGCAACCCUGAAGCUAAUAUUUGAAUCUGUUUUUUUUCCCUUUUUUACAUAAAAUAGCUGAAAGUAUGAGGCACAUAGGAACAUAGG